CAGGUUGCUGGUUCAGCAGCAGUAGUUCAUGGUGGAAGAGGAGAUGGGGUUUGGGAUCAGGUCCUGACGGCUGGCUGCUGGUGUUAGUGUUGGUGAUGGUGAUGGGGGAGGGGUGGUUUGAGGACUCAGGUGUCAGGGGAAACACACUUGCCAUACGAGACCAUACGGGCAGGGAUAGAGAGAGAGGUGGGAGAGAGGGAGAGAGAGAGAGUGUAGGAAAGGCUGACCUGAUAUGGCAGGAAAGAGCGUUAAAGAAUUGUUAACGCAGUGUUUGCGUGCACAGAGGGAUCAAGCUGUGGUCGGCUGAGCGACUUCAGAGAAACAGUACACACACAAACAAAGACAUACACACCAGCCUACACAUGAGAUAUACCCUUCCAGCCCGCACAGGUCCUGACCCUAGCUGCAUGAGAACACAUCCAGCGUUCAAAUCUCCCUAUCCAGCCCUUCUGUUUGCCUCAAUUUACCCAACUGCAAUAUUGUCUCUCUAUUUUACCCUUUUUAUUCACCUGCAUUUGGUAUUAAUUACAUUAAAUCAUAAAGACCGAGGGGUAAUUAAAAAUAAGAAGAAACACAGAUGAGCGAUGUCCCUCUAACUCGAAGAGUCCAUCACCAUGGAGACGGGUCAGGCGGGCACAACAGCAGGGAGGGAGCGAGGGAGGGAGAGAGAGAGAGACGCUACUAUCAGUGACUUUCUCUCCCUGUCUGACACUGUAUGGCAGUAGAUACACCACCGAAGAGACCAUCACGCCAAGAGGACCUAGUUUAUCUGAGCGCUGAGUGUUUAGAGUGUUUAUCUCCAUGGAGUUACCCCUCGCGUCUCAGCACCACAUUGCCGGCUAGGAGAGCGCGGGUCACCUUACACCUGGAGAAUGCCAGAGAGGGUGCAGGACUUCCAGGGCCAGAGCUACCACAAGCUGAGGCGGGCGUGCCGUCGCCGCGGUGCGCUCUUCAAGGACCCCCUGUUCCCCGCCGCCCCCCAGUCCCUCUUCUACCAGCGGGAGCCCCCCGCUGGCCUCACAUGGAAGAGACCCCGGGAGUUGUGUAAGGACCCCCGUCUGUUUGUGGAUGGCCUCAGCACGCGGGACCUGCACCAGGGCAGUCUGGGGAACUGCUGGAUGGUGGCAGCCACGUCCUGCCUGGCGUCCGAGCCCACCCUGUGGAAGAAGGUGAUCCCGGACCACCGGCAGCAGGAGUGGAGCCCCAAGCGGCCGGACCUCUACGCGGGCCUCUUCCGGUUCCGCUUCUGGCGGCUGGGUGGCUGGACGGAGGUAGUGGUGGACGACCGGCUGCCGGUGGGCCGCGACGGGGCAUUGCUCUUCUGCCGCUCUGCCACGCCCAGGGAGUUCUGGAGUGCCCUGUUGGAGAAGGCCUAUGCCAAGCUGAACGGUUGCUACGAGGCCCUGGAGGGCGGAAAUACGGCCGAGGCCCUGAUAGACUUCACCGGGGGAGUCUCGGAGACACUGACCCUCGACCCCCGGACCCUACAUUGCCAUGCCGACCAGCAGAGAGCGCUGUACAACACGCUCAGUAGGGCCAACGACCGCCGAGCCCUGAUCACCUGCUUCAUACGGCCAGCAGAGGGCGAGGCGGUGGAGUCAGUGCUGGACUGCGGCCUGGUGCGCGGCCACGCCUACGGGGUGACCGCCCUUAGGAAGGUGUGGAAGGGGGACAACCUACUCAGCCGCAACGGGAUGUCCCGCCUCCUCAUGAUACGCAUGAGGAACCCCUGGGGCACCACGGACUGGACCGGCGCCUGGAGCCAGAGAUCUGAUGAGUGGCAGCAGCUGAAUUGCCCUGAGAGAGAAAAAAUGGGAAUCCAAGUCCGAGAUGUAGGAGAGUUUUGGAUGGAGUUCGGGGACUUCUGCCGCUACUUCACCGACGUGGUGCUGUGCCGCCUGGUGGAGAAGGCCCGGCUGUGGUCCGGCUCCCACUGGAGGGAGGAGAGCUGCUUCGGGGAAUGGGCCCCGGCGCCGGGGGGCUCUCUUGAUCAUGGUGCCGUCCUCCGGUCCAGGGGCCCCACAGCGUGCCCCAGGCCAGCAGGAGGAGGAAGAAGAGAUGGCAGGCAAAGAGGGGGCCGCAAGGAGCCCCGUCUCGGGGAGAGACGGCGGGCUGUGGCGAGAGGAGGUGGAAAAGAGAGGGUUGUGAAGGAGAAAGCAGGUGGAGCCAAUGAAGAGGAGUCGCAGGGAAGGUGGAGCAAGGAGGAGGAGGAGGAGUCACAGAGUGUAGAGGUGGAAGGAGAAUGGGGGGCGUGUGUGGAUAAGAGGAGUCGAUGUGGGGGAUGCAUCAACCAUAUGGAGACGUUUCUACACAACCCACAGUUCCUCCUGGAGGUCCGUGGUCGGGAGGAGGAGGUGCUGAUCUGUCUGCAGCAGGAAGACCGCAGGAGGCGCCGGAGAGAGGGGCGAGGAGAAAACCUGCCCAUCGGCUUCGAGGUGCUGAAGGUGGAGGUGAACCGCAGCUCCAGGGUGCAGUGUCCGACGGAGCAGGAGGCCAGCUCCAUCUACAUGGACUCCCGCAGCGUCACCCUGAGGGGCACCCUGCCCUCAGGCCGCUACGCCGUGCUGCCCACUACUUUCCUGCCCGGCGCCAGUGGACGCUUCCUGCUGCGGGUCUUCUCCCACGCCCACCUCCACCUCAGGGAGUUGAAUGAAGACCUCCCCUCCCCCUCUUCAUUCCAGUGUUGUUUACCUGAGCCCUGGGUCGUGACCACCGUCCACCUGCAGAGGGCAGAGGUGCUCAGCCGUACCAAAUACACAGCCCCAGAUGUCUAUGCUGUGGUGCGUUGUGAGGACCGCGUAGUGAGGACUCGAGUGCACGAGCAGAACAGCAGCCCAGAGUUCAACCUGAGGACCAUCUUCUACCGACGACAGCCCAGGGCACACAUUUCUGUUGAGUUGUGGAGCCGAGGUCUGAUCCUGGACACCUUUCUGGGGACUGCCAGUCUGCAUACUGCCAAUUCCGAGAGGGGGCGGAGCCACGUGAUUGACCUACGAGGUGGCCUAUCGCAGCGCUUAGGAUCCCAGGGGUGUUGUGUCUACGUGGAGACUUCCUCCAGUGAAUGUCUGACUGAUCUGUGAUUGAUUGAUAGCUAGAUUAGCCGAUGGACGGUUGGGAAUUCCUGCAUCGAUUGCGUUUCUAAUUGGACCGUUGUUUGGAUCCCCAAGAAUUGAAGUCAUGAUUUUUCAUAAGCAGCAUGUAAUAAAAACAAAUAAUAAAUGUUUGUCAUUAUGGUUGAUGAUAACUUUUUACAUGUUACAUUAAGGAAAAUACUUUCACAAUUCUAACUAUCAGCAAAUAUUAUGUGGUCAGCCAUUGAACAAUGAAAAAAUUAAGGUUUAACAGACUGUGGAGGUGGGGCGGCGGGUCUGCUGGGGUGGUGGGGUCUGAUUGCGGACAGGUGUCUGCAAUCUGACCCAAUCAGGAAGUGUGUAUUUAUGUGCCUGCUUGUCUUUCAGUGAGGGGGGGAGAGAGAGAGAAGGAAGACGUUCUCUGCGAGCCAGAGAGAGCGUCGUAAGAGCAUGAGACGGACGGAAAGAACAUUUUGUUCGUGUGACAUUGUGUUUGUUUGCUCAGAAGGGGAAAUAAACCGGAGUUCGCUCCAUUUUCGCUGGA